UGGUCUCCGGGCUGCUGUCCCCUCCCCUCCCCGCACAUGCGCAGUUCUUAAAGCGGGCCGAGCCUGCUCCCUCCUCCGCUGCUGCUCCCUCCCUCCUUCCUUCCUGGCGGCCGGGGCGCCACUGACAAGACCGGGGCGGGAAAAGGGCGGUAGACGCUGCUGCUGCUGCUGCCGACGACGACGACGAAGGAAGACGACGACGAGCGCGACGACCAUUACCGCCGAAGAAGGAACACCGCUGCGACCCCUCCGCCCGCCCCUCCUCAGCCAGCCUCCUCCCACAAGCUUCCUCCAUCUUCUUUCUCUACAAGCCGGCAAAAGGGGAGGGGGCCGAGAGAGCCCUUCUUCGGCGAGGCCGGCUCUGUGCCUCCCCCGGGCCCAAGGAAACGACCAGCAGCCCGUCCCCCCUCACUGUACGCGCUCGCCUCGUGCGCGGAACCGGCGCCGGUGAACUGGUGGGAGCGGCCUCGGAGGCUCGGAUGGAAUGAAUCGUCCUUGUUGAAUGCAUCCUGUCUGCUUGGUGGAGUUUACUUGUGGAGACACAUUGUCCUUUGGGUUGAAGCCACUUUGUGGCAGACUGAAUUGUGGAUCCCAGAAUCCCAAGCUGCUUGACGAGGAGGAGACAGCUGAAUCACGUUAACUUGACAUCACAGCCACAAUGGUGCUGUCACAGAGGCAACGAGAUGAACUAAAUCGAGCGAUAGCAGAUUACCUUCGUUCUAAUGGCUAUGAAGAGGCAUACUCUGUUUUUAAAAAGGAAGCAGAGCUUGAUGUGAAUGAAGAGUUGGAUAAGAAGUAUGCUGGACUCUUGGAAAAGAAAUGGACAUCAGUUAUAAGAUUACAAAAGAAGGUUAUGGAAUUGGAAUCCAAACUAAAUGAAGCUAAGGAAGAAUUUACUUCAGGCGGGCCACUUGGUCAAAAGCGAGACCCUAAAGAAUGGAUCCCUCGUCCUCCAGAAAAGUAUGCGUUGAGUGGACACAGGAGUCCUGUCACAAGAGUAAUUUUCCAUCCAGUUUUCAGUGUUAUGGUUUCUGCUUCAGAGGAUGCCACAAUAAAGGUAUGGGAUUAUGAGACAGGUGAUUUUGAACGAACCCUGAAGGGCCACACAGACUCAGUGCAGGAUAUUUCCUUCGACCACAGCGGCAAGUUAUUGGCCUCCUGCUCUGCAGAUAUGACAAUUAAGCUAUGGGAUUUCCAGGGCUUUGAGUGCAUCAGAACCAUGCAUGGUCAUGAUCAUAAUGUUUCUUCAGUAGCCAUCAUGCCCAAUGGGGACCAUAUAGUCUCUGCCUCGAGGGAUAAAACCAUCAAAAUGUGGGAAGUUCAAACAGGCUACUGCGUGAAGACUUUCACGGGGCAUAGAGAAUGGGUCCGCAUGGUGCGGCCUAACCAGGAUGGCACGCUGAUUGCCAGUAGUUCUAAUGACCAGACGGUGCGAGUCUGGGUGGUAGCAACAAAGGAGUGCAAAGCUGAGCUCAGAGAACAUGAGCAUGUGGUAGAGUGCAUCUCUUGGGCUCCAGAGAGCUCUUAUUCCACCAUAUCGGAAGCUACGGGAUCUGAGACUAAGAAGAGUGGCAAGCCUGGGCCUUUCCUGCUUUCUGGCUCUAGAGACAAGACCAUUAAGAUGUGGGACAUUAGUACUGGCAUGUGCCUUAUGACACUUGUGGGCCAUGAUAACUGGGUACGUGGCGUCCUGUUCCAUUCUGGGGGGAAAUUUAUUUUGAGCUGUGCUGAUGACAAGACCUUGCGUGUCUGGGACUACAAGAACAAAAGAUGCAUGAAGACUCUCAAUGCGCACGAACACUUUGUUACCUCGUUGGAUUUCCACAAGACAGCGCCCUUUGUGGUUACCGGCAGCGUAGAUCAAACAGUAAAAGUGUGGGAGUGCCGUUGAUUGAAUUCACACCUGGCCCACCCCCCUCUUUCCCUCCCCCUCUGGAUGCACUCGGAUACCAUGGUUACCCAUUGAGCUCUGUUUAAAAUAAAUAUUGUCCUUUCAUGUAAAUUAUUCUGGAUGUAGAUUGAGCUUAUUAAAUGUUACACACAAAGUAUUCAUGCAUGGUGAAUCCAAAUUGUAUACUGUAAAUUUACAUACGUUGUCUAGAAGUACCAUAGGUUUAAGGACAUGGGCUGGCAUUGGUCACAUCAGACCUGCGAAGGCAGAAGCUGGUUGGUUGAAUUAAGGGCACUUAAACCAGCAGCAGCAGAAACAGCAGCAGUAAAAUCCCGUUCUAUGCUGGAUAAACUGAACACCCAUUCUCUUCUGUUGGGUGGUGCCUAUAACUAGUGACUCUCAUACGGAUUCUUUUUUUGGGGGGUGGGGAGGGCUCUUUCAAGAAACACGUAUCUCUGUAACAACAUCACUUAAGUGUGCUUAAGAAAUCUAAGGAUACUAGAUAAACAAGGCUGCAACUUAGAACCUUAUGUAAUUAAUGGAAACUAAUUAAAACUUCCAGUUUUUUCUCGUCAUGAUAUAUUUGCCAAAUCAAUAGGAUAUAUUUUUAUUUUGGCUUCCUAUCACGUUUAAAAAGGAAAAAAAAAGGUUAGUAUCCUUAUACUAACAAGCUGCAAUAUAGGAAGAGAAACCUUGGUAUGAUGUGACGUGUAUUUUUUUUUUUUUUAAGAAAUGGUUGUUGGAGUUCUAUUGCAUUCUAACACUUGGCUCUUAAUGCUUUCCAUGCAAAAUGUGUCUUAGGGAGUCUGUCGGUCUUGCUUGAACGUAGCUCUUAACUGGACGGUUGGACUUGAUCUCCCAGUUGACUCCUGACAGUUCAGCUUUCUGUUGGCUUUGGUUGUGGUUUAUCAGGCUUGUGCGAUGUCCACAAUAUCUGAGGGUGUCCUCCUCUCUCCUCCCCUGCUUUCCCUGGUAGUUGGUGAGUGUGCAGCAAACAGGGUAAUAGUGGUGUGAUUCCCUCUCCUUUUCAUUUAGCGAAAAUGUCUGAAAGCAGGACAGGGAGCCCGAGGAUGGUCAGAUGUGAUGGGACAUGAGAGCAGAGUUUGCAGUGCUCCAAAAAAAGCACUGUAGAAAGAAAGAA